AUGACUCCCAUCCCAGUCAUUAUCGAUACGGAUCCUGGUGUAGAUGAUGUUAUUGCUAUUUUGCUAGCAAUAACGUCACCAGAACUGGAGAUUGUCGCAUUCAAUGUUUCUUAUGGUAACACCGAUUUGGAGGCUGCUUACCUCAAUAUCUUCAAGGUGUACCAAACCAUUGACCGUCACCUGGCACAAUACCCUUCACAUAAAGACCGUUUUCCGAAUUUUAACUCUAAGAAAAAGCCCAUAGUCUCAAGGGGUUCCGACGCACCGCUCUUCGGAGACGUUCGCCUUGCACAAUAUUUCCAUGGAAGAGAUGGACUUGGGAAUAUAACAGACCGUCAUCCAGAACUAUCCGUAGAGUCUGGGCUAUUGGAAGAGAAUCCAUACCUCGAGAUAUCCAAAAAGUCUGGCGUAGACCUUGCACUCGACAUCCUCAGGGAACGUCCUGCUAGAACUGUGACCAUUAUUGCUCUUGGCCCACUCACUAACCUAGCUCAGAUGAUGCGCAAAGAUAGUCAGCUUGUUGUCAACCGCAUUGGUCGGGUCAUAUGCAUGGGCGGUGCACUUGAAGUACCCGGAAAUACAACUGCAGUGGCUGAGUUUAACUUUUUUGCGGAUCCAUACGCUGUCAAAGAACUGCUGAUAUCUACGCCUCUCCAUAAGGGUAUUCCUCUCAAUCGCUUUCUGCUCAUUCCUCUGGACAUAACAACACCGCACGAACUCCCAUUUCCAUUCUAUAAAGAGCAUGUUGACCCUGCGUUUGAAAACACCAAAGCACCAUCUAUCCCUGCCACCAAAUCUCCCAUAGUUCAUUUUACAAGUUCCUUUUUGGAAAAGACACGCGAGGUCAUGAUAGCCUUCGGCAAAGAUGCUAUGGAACUCCAUGAUAUUGUAGCUGUUUGGUGUGCAAUAGCAAACCCACCUCUUACGAAUGAGGGGCCUGUAACUCUCGCGUCAGGUUGGCGAGGUUCUCGCCGUGUUUUUGACGUCGAAAGAACGGGAGAGCUUACUAGAGGAAUGUUGGUCGUCGAUAGGCGCGAAGACGAGUCUGCUUAUCCACUUGGCGCAAAUCGGUCCGAAGCACAGAGGGAUCCAAAUGACUCGCGUCAUAUAGAACACCAUAUCGAACAUAAAUUUUCCGAUGAAAGCAGAGGCGUUUUGGUUAUAAAUGGAACCCCUGGUCCUAAAACCUUACUGAACAUCUUGCUUAGACGAGUAUGGGGCUGUACAUAG